GCUUAUAAUUUAGUCAUAGUGUCUUCAAACAGUUUUUGUUUUUUUGCUCCAUUGAGAACUGGUUCCAGAUCAGUGUCAUCUUCAUCAUUUGCACAAUCUGAAAUGUGAGAAGGGUGGACAGAUUUCCUUGCCAGAAGCCAUAUAUGGGCACAAACCUCCCCCCAAAAGGACCAGAAGUGCAGUAGAUUCUCAGACCUCUGAAGAGCUGAGCAACAGCACUCACGCUGACAUUAUCACGAUAAAAUCACACAACAGAGCGAAGCCAUGAAGAUCUAUGUUCUCUUUUUUCUCCUGCUUCUGGCUUGCAUGUAUCCAAGUUUGGCACAAGGAACUUAUGAAAAUUGCUGCUUGAAGUACGGCAGUGGGAUGAGAGCUUCCAUCAAAAAAAAAAUUGUGAGCUACAGGUUUCAGCAGACUGAUGGAGGAUGCAACAUCCCGGCUAUUGUAUUGAAGACGAAGAAAGCAAAGACAUUCUGUGCUGACCCCAGCCAGCAAUGGGUGCAAGAAAUGUUGAAGAAUUUAAAGCAGGAAAAGUGAACUGAGGAGACCAUUCUGGGGCCAAAAUGAGAAAAAUAGAUUUCUUGAGACCACUCCUGUGGUCUUCAUGUUGUAGCACGGUCAUCAAGAUAGACCGUUCUUACGUAUGAUUAGGUGCCUAAAGCUCAUAACCUUAAUGUAUUACUCACUGUGAGGCAUUUGUAGCCAGGUAAAGAGCUGAGCAUGGUUGGUUGUAAGUGCACAAGACAGUUUCUUUGAGCUUCACUCUGAGCCACGUAUUCACACGAGAAUAAAUAGAUCCUCAUAUGAAUGUGAUUUAAUUAUGCCACACUUUUCCAUUCAAGUGAAUAGAAUAGAGUAAGUAUACAUAUAUAUAUAUAUAUAUAUAUAUGGACUUCGGCAUAAUGUAUUCCCUGCUGACGUAUUUUCAGCCUGAGUGUCUGAGUAUUUUUUUUUUUGCUGUUCAUCCACAAAUGUGUAUACUGCAAUUCACUGCACACAAUGUGUUAGAACGAUCACGUGCCUUCUGUAUGCUGCGUUUAUCUGAAUGUUACUCUGUGAAACACACUUGGGAGUGUUUAGUAGACUUUUCCCAAACAGAUGUUGCUUUUUUAUUUCAUGCAGAUCAAUGUAUUUUUUCAUAUGCAUUAAUGAAUUUUAAGAAUGAGAUACUGUGUAAGUGUAAGAAUGUGCAUCUACGUGAAUGAGAAGAAGAAGGGAAACCUGUGGAGAAAUCUGUGAUGUGUUUAUUGUUCAUAAUAAAUCAUUUACUCCAUUGAAA